AUGUCUUUUCUGCCCAAGAUCUUUGCUCGUGCCGGCGACGAGUCCCCCGUGCCUGGGGCGGCGGUAUCCGUCUCUCCGCACGGAAAGACGGCCGCGGGCAGCAGCGAUGCGGCCGCCGUGGCCGGGGCGGACUCGAGCCGUCAUGAUUCCGCCGUCGACGCCCAGGCUGGUGUUUUGGACAUGGAGGCCGUCUCUCGAGUAUGGAGCAGAGGCCACAUCGUAUUGACAUAUGUCUUCAUCUGGCUCAUCUACUUGGUGGACUCGAUGCACUCGAGCAUGUCCUUCACCCUCGCGGCCUACGUCACCAGCUCGUUUCAGCAGCACGGGCUCACGGCAACCACCAACGUCUUUGCCAACCUGAUUGGCGGUCUCUUCCGCCUCCCGCUGGCCAAGAUCCUCGACAUCUGGGGCCGGCCGCAGGGCUUCGCGCUCGUCGUCCUGUUCCUCGUCAUCGGCCUGGUCAUGAUGGCCGCUUGCCAAAACGUCGAGACGUAUGCCGCCGCACAGGUCUUUUACUGGAUAGGGUUCAACGGCAUCGCCUACACCCUGCAGGUCUUCAUCGCCGACACCUCCGAGCUCAAGAACCGAGCCUUCUUCUUCGCGCUGACGACGUCGCCCUUCCUCAUCACCACGUGGGCCAGCGGCCCGGCUGCCAGCAGCUUCCUCGCCGGCGCCGGCUGGAGGUGGGCUUUUGGGACGUUUGCCAUUGUCGUGCCCGUGGUGUGCGCCCCUGUCCUGGCGCUCUUCUCGUAUAACCACUUCAAGGCCGGCAGGUCGGGGGCCUUGCCGCCGCGACGGCCGUCCGGGCGUACGGCUCUCGAGGGCGCCAAGCACUACCUCGUUCAGUUUGACGUCGUCGGGCUGCUUCUGGCCGCGGCCGGCAUGGCGCUGUUCCUGCUGCCCUUCAACAUCUACCAGUUCCAGGCUGAGCAGUGGCGCUCCCCCCUGAUCAUCGCCAUGGUUGCCGCCGGCGUGCUUCUCCUCGUCGUGUUUGCCCUGUACGAGAGGUACGUGGCGCCGGUGCAGUUCAUCCCCUACAAGGUCCUCGUCGACAGGACCGUCAUGGGCGCGUGCGUCCUGGGCGCCCUUGGCUUCGUCAGCUUCUACCUCUGGAACGGCUUCUUCUCCUCCUUCCUCCAGGUCGUCGUUGGCCUGACCGUCACCGAGGCCACCUACGUCGGGCGGACGUACAACAUGGGGAGCUGCUUCUGGGCCCUUGUCGUCGGCGUCGUCAUCCGCUGGAGCGGCCGCCUUAAAUGGCUGGCUUUUUACUUUGGCGUGCCGCUCAUGAUACUGGGCAUCGCCCUCAUGACCGAGUUUCGCCGGCCCGGCGUCGACGCCGGCUACGUCGUCAUGUGCCAGGUCUUCAUCGCCGUGGCCGGCGGCACUCUUGUCAUCUGCGAGCAAAUGGCCGUCAUGGCCGCCGUUUCGCACCAGAACGUUGCGGUGGCCCUGGCCAUGCUGUCCAUGUUUACUAGCAUCGGCGGAGCCAUCGGGUCCAGUGUUUCCGGAGCCAUCUGGAACGGUGUCUUCCCUGCAAAGCUGGCCGAGUACCUGCCGCCCGAGACCAAGGACGAGGCGGCCCUCAUUGUGGGAAACCUGUCGAGGCAGCUCGAGCAUCCCUGGGGGAGUCCGUCGCGUGAGGCCAUCAUGGCCGCGUACGGAGAUGCCCAGAGGGUCAUGCUGAUUUCCGCGACUGCUUUUGCAUGCGUGAGUAUAGUUGCCGUGGCGGUAUGGCGCGAUGUCAAGGUUAGGUAG